AGACCAGAUGAUUGAUGAUGUUUCAGUUCUAAAUUCUAUUAUUGUUUAGCCUACAAAGAAUCAAAUAUGUCUCAAUUUUCGAAUUUUAUUAUGUGAUGUGAUUUUCUGCUUGAAAAUGCCUUCGAGAAGUGUUGUCAGUAAUUCAUUCAAUCUUUUUAAUGACGAUUUUGCAUCUAAAUGUCGCGAAUUUCAAUCAGUGCUCACUAAAUUCAACUCUAUAAAAAGAGAUCAGAAGUCGCUCAUCAAAGAGGAAGUCUCUCAUCGAAGUCUUUCAUCAGAAGUCUGGAAGAGGAAAAAAUUGAAAAUCCAAAGAAGAAAUCAAUAUUUUAUGGGUCGUAUCAAUAAUCAUAGACCUAUAUCAUGUGAAUUUUAUCAUCAGUUGUCAGACUCUUAUAAUAUGUUGUGUGUUUCUGACUAUGAUACUAAGUUAUGUCUGAUGUAAUUCAAAGUUUAUAAGUGCAACGAAGACAUUGACUGCGUUUGUGACAAGUACUAAAACGUGUCUGGAAUCUGUGAAAUAAAUCAACAUGUAUCUUCAUGCUUCUGGUUUCAAAACUGACUCCCGCAAGAAUAUGGAACAUUCGGGUGUAGCUUCAUUCCUUUCCCGACAUUUGUCAAGGUAUGGUAAUCAGCAUUCUCAAUUUCAUACGCAGUCAUUAGGUAACUCAUCACCAAGUUUCAAUAUGAAGGGAUUUGUUCCUUGUUUUCCUCAUCAUUCUAACUUAGUAUGUAACACUGUGAAAACAUCUAAGCAGUUAACUACAUCCAAUGACAGAAGGAUGGCUACGUACUCUGAAAUUUCUGCGAUUAACAUUUUACCAAUAUCAUAUCUGGUAGGAGGAUUUGUGGGAAGUAAGAGUCUCACAGCAAUGAAGGGAAGCAGUAUACAGAUCUGGGAUAUUGUUCUGGACAAAAUUUAUGAUAUGAUGAAUGACCAGUUAGUUUGUUCUGAAGACCUUGGUCACCAAUUGGACAGAUUUGAAAAUUCCUCUUCUAGUCCAAUCACAGAAAAUCUACCUCCUAAAAGAACUUACGCCUCAGUUAUGAAAAUGAAUCCUAGCAUAAAACCUAGCGAUGAAUAUGCAGAAUUGGUAAUGAAGUAUGAUAAUUCUAGAAAGUCCAGACGUAGAGGAAAAAGUUCCUCAAGCUCCUAUAGGGGUGACAAGAAAAUGAACAAUCCAGUCAAAAGUUGUUUCAAUUCCAGUCGAUGGUCCAAUACCCGGAAAAAGCAUGGUAAAAAGGGUGCAGAAAAAUUCAAUAGAAGAGAAAAAAUGGAAGCAGCCAAAGAUGGAAUGGAUUUUAUUAACCAAGAGUUUGGUAGAGACACUCAGUUUAAUAAGAGUACUAGUCUCAAACGACCCUGCAUCACAGAUAAAAUAAUGGAGAAUCUACAAAUGAAGGGAGUUGCAGCUUCAACAACAGAAUCAACAACUGCUACACCUUGUAGGAUUCGAUCAACUCCAUCUGUAUCACUCUACAAUCUCAAUGCAAAUCAAGCUAAAUCAAAUUUCGACAAGGAAAAAGACUGUGAUCGACAACAACUAAUGGCUUGUAAAAUGAAACUGGACAGUGAAGAUAUUAGUGCUUCAAAACCCAGAGUGAAUUCUGAAUCAUCCAUAGAAAGUGAAGAUAGCUUCAUAGUAUUUGAACCUUCUGAUGCUGAUAACAUUUCAUGUUUUAGUAUUGAAAGUGAUUCUUUGAGUGGAAGUGAUGAUGACGACGAUGCUUCAGAUUCAGAGUCAGAUAUCUGCAGUACAUACAUUUUCUAUGGAAAUACCAAAUUCAAUGAUGUUGCAGCUAAUCAUUCUGCCAGCGUACCUUUAUUCGAAAAAGCGAUGAUUUGCUUGAUAUGUAAAAAGAAUCAUAACGAACAUUUAGAUUUCCCUCAUAGUUGUGAAAAUAUAAUUGAAUCUCCUAGAAACAAUAUCACAUUGAACUACGUACCUGAUGGAAGAGUGUCAAGUGCCUUUGCUGACAGUAAAGACAGGUCUAAAGCCUCAUGCAAAUUGUUUAUCAACUCAAAACCAAACUCUGAUGAAGAGAAUGUUCCGAUUUAUUGUGAUAUUGAUGAAGAAUCUCUCUUGCCAACUUUUGUUGAUCCCGUUUCUGAUAUUGCUGCAGCCUGUGAUCAUGAUUACCAGUUACCAACCUAUGAAGAACAUUUUUGCUCGGAUAACAAUCACUUCAAUCUUCUCAAUAAGAAGUGGUGUCAAAUUUUCUGUGAUGAUAAUAUUAACCAGGAUAGUGAAAGUUCAAAAUCUCGAAAAAAGGUCACCUUUGCUCCUGAAAAUAGAUUAGUCAGUGUAAGAACUAUGCGAACAUGGGAUUACGCGUUGCGUUCAGCGCGUGUCGGUCCCUGGGAAGUGCUAGCUCGAGAUUCGAUGCGUUUCUGCCAUAGAAUUUCCCGAACUGAAGAAAUUCUCAAGCCAAUCUUUAGUGAAGAUCAUCGAACAAAGAUUUGGCUCGAACGUUUUGAAACUCAGUCAGCUGAUAACAGCCAACAAAUUCCUGAUAAGACAUUGUUGAAUUGUUUGAAUUGAAAUGUUGAUUUUAAAGCGUAAGUGUUUAUUAUAAAUUUAAGGUUACAGUAUUUUUUACUUUCAUGUUCCUUUAUUUAAAUUCUUGCCCACUUUGAGGUGAAAUUAUUUUUUCUAUAAUAUACUGCACAAAAAAUUUUAAAUACUUACUAUUUCAUCAAUUGUUCCAAUUUUUAAAAAUAAUCUGAGGGUCAAUAAAUAGAUCAACUAGAAUAAUUACAUUCCGCGGGGCUUUCAUUAAUAUAAUAUUAAUGCUAGAAUGUCUAUAUAUCCUGCUCUCUUAUUGAAGUAUUUUAAAGAUUCAUCUAGAUAUUGAUUCAUUAGUUGAGAUAAACUACAAUUUCACAUUGUAUUUGGUUAUAACCUAUUUCAUCUCCACAUAAAGAAUAUGUAGUCAUUCAAUAAUAAUAAUAAUUGUCUAUAUUUUAGUCUUAUUGCAUGCUCACUUAUUUUACUCUCUUGUAUGUACAUUUAUUAUAGACUGCCACAUGAAGUUAGUCAUUUGAAGUUUAAUUUAUUUACAAAUUAUAAUAUAUUUAUGGAGGAUGUAAGUUAUUAAUUACACAGAUAUAUUUUAGUUUAAUUUGCAAUUUCAGUGUAUUUUUUAUUAUUCCAAUCCAAGACCGAAAAUCAUUAUUUUCAUGAGUUUGAAGUAAAGAUGAAUGAAAUCAUGAGAAAGUCAGUAUAUUUUUUUGUUUCGCUGCAGUUUCACCUCUUUCAUCGUCUGAAAUGUCAUCAGUAGGGAUAUCGAGCUUUUUUAUAAAAAUCAUGUCUUAAAAUACAAGAAAAUCAAUCGAAAAUAUUAUCAAUUCAUAUUACUGGCCUCGAAUAGUGGGCUUAAUUUCCUUAGUUAUCAAUUCAUGAAAAUGUGCUGUUCUUGUUUUAUUAAAAAUGUUUUUGAAGUGGCUUUAAAAACGUUUUGAAGAAGAGAAAAUUUUCAGCUUCGAAUCAAACAAUGAGCAAUAAAAUCAACUUAUAUCAUUAACAGUAAAAUGUGCUGCUCUUGUAUUAUAAGAGAGACGAUUAUGAAGUGGCUCUAAAUAUUACUGAUAACUUGUUGAAAACAUGACUGAUUGGAAAAUUUUCAACUUGGCCUCAGUCUUGAAUAAUGCUGUAUAUACUUAAAUAGUGUGAAUGUAUUGUUUUCUAUAGAGUCUUGCUUUAUGUCACUGUAAAUAUAGUGUAAAUCAUUCUCUUAAAAUAUAAAAUAUUGGAUGAGAA